GUGGCUUCGGCUCUGUCGUCAUCUCACCAGGAAGAGAAACAGCAGCGGUGUGAGUGCUCCGCGAAAGCUUACGACGACUACUACCGCUUGAUUAUUAUUGUUCAUAUUUGUACGUUGUACGAAAAUCUUCUGUGAUCGAGCCAACAAUUUCUUAUGUUCCACAAAGUUCAUCAUGCCUGAGGAGAUGCAACAAGCUUUAAUUGAGAGAGGAGACGAUAAGGGCAGGUGCAGGCCGCUUGAGGUUUGCAUGUCGGAGUUCGACACCCAAGUUGUCGGCAUCCUGGGCACUGGCGACUUCUCCCGCUCACUUGCCAGAAGACUGGUCGCCACCGGCUACCGAGUGGUGGUCGGGAGUCGAACCCCCAAGCACGCGGUUGCACUCUUCCCUGAAGAGGCAGAGGUGACCUCCCAGCUGGAGGCAGCCAGCCAAGCAGAUGUGGUGUUUGUCGCCAUCUUCCCUGAGCACCACUCCACCCUAUUGGAGCUGAAGACGGCGCUGGCUGGAAAGAUCCUGGUGGAUGUUAGCAACAGCUCGCAGAUCAUGCGAGCCGGACCAUCCCAUGCCGAACGACUGGCUGACAUGUUUCCUGAGAGCUUUAUAGUGAAAGGUUUUAACACAAUCUCAGCAUGGGCGCUUCAGACUGGAUCUCGAGAUGGAAGCAGGCAGGUGUUCCUGUGCAGUGACAGCAGUAAGGCCAAGAGCACAGUCCUAGCAAUGUGUCGCAGGAUGGGCUUCUGUCCUGUGGAUAUGGGUCUGCUCACCUCUUCUCGGGAGAUUGAAAAUCUCCCCUUUUAUCUGUUUCCUUCCUGGGGCACGCCCAUCCUCAUCACAUUGAUUCUCUUCAUCUUCUUCUACCUCUACAACUUUGUCCGUGAUAUUGUGCAUCCACUCGUCAAAGCGAAGAAGAGCGUCUUUUACAAAAUGCCCAUUGAAACUGUUAAUGUCACUUUACCUUCCGUCGCCUUGGUGAUGCUUGCCCUCGUCUACAUGCCGGGCUUGCUUGCCGCCUUGGUCCAGUUAAGGCGGGGCACCAAAUACGAUCGCUUUCCUAUCUGGCUCGACAAGUGGCUCUCCAAGAGGAAGCAGUUUGGAUUGUGCAGCUUCCUGUGUGCUGCCAUGCACGCCAUCUACAGUCUAUGUCUGCCCAUGAGGCAGUCAGCUCGCUUCAGGCUGCUCAACGAUGCUUUCAAACAGGUGAAAGAGGGCGUGGAGGACGCGUGGAGUGACGAGGGGGUGUGGAGAAUGGAGUUGUACGUCUCAGUGGGCAUCAUCGCGCUUGGGCUGCUCUCCUUGCUGGCCAUCACCUCGCUGCCCUCCGUGGCUGACAACAUCAACUGGCGAGAGUUCAGCUUUAUACAGUCCACUUUGGGCUACUGCGCCCUGUCCAUGGCCACGGUGCACACACUCCUCUUCGGCUGGGACCGCGCCUUUGACCCGAGCCAAUACCGCUUCCUCUUGCCACCCACUUUCAUGGUGGUCCUCAUCCUCCCUGUCUCAGUUCUAUUGGUCCGCCUCGUUCUCCUGCUGCCCUGUAUUGCGCAACAGCUCCGACAGAUCCGCCGCGGAUGGGAGAGGAGCCGGCACAUCCGCUUCAUUCUGCCCAACGACGACCGUGUCACCGGCUUCGAUAAUGUCAGCCAUGUUUGAAAAAUAGUUAAACACUUUGGUUUGGGCAACCUGGAAAGUAAUUGGUUUCACACAUGUGUAAUGUUGUUGAAAUGUUUGUUGUUUGAACAAUUGGAGAAAACAGAAAUCAUUUAAUAAUGAUCAUCAUGAGACAUGGCAGCAGUCUGUUGACCCUCAACAUUCAUGCCCUGUGCAAUUUGUAAGAGUAGCGAGCUUCUCUGCUGGAUUUUGAUUUCCAAUUUCUUUCUUUCUGUUGAUUUACCGACUGGUGAUUCUGGAGGCUCGCUUCAGAUUCAUCUGUGCCAAAACCUGUUUGUCGAUACACUGCUAUAUUUUCUUUUUGUGAUUUUUGGUUAAUAUAUUUUCUAAUCACUUUGUCUGAAGUCCACGUGUUUUAACAUCAUUUAGGAUGAAAGCCACUUUUUAUUCAAAACAAUAUGAGAGGUAUUUGCAGCUGGUAGGUAGUGGGUCACGGAAAAAGCCUGGUUGGCCUGGUUUUGUCCACUUGUGCGGUGCUGUCAUCUAGUGGCACGAUGAGAACUCUACAGCAGGUGUCACCAACAUUUUUGAGGGUGAGAGCAACUUCAUGUGUACCGAUUGUGUGAAGGGCUACCAAAUUGAUACACGUCUGAAAUAACAUAUUUGUCCAAAAUACCUUCAAUAAUAUGAGGAUGUGUUAUUUUUAAUACUUGAUGAUUUAAAUUGUCAGACUUUGAUCGUGUUUCGAAAUGUCUCACAGUACUGCCAAUGUUUGCAUUUUUAAAUCAUAAUUUCUACUAGCAAAUCACAAUGUCCAGGCACUGGCGGGCUACUCAAGUGGUCUUCACGGGCUACCUGGUGCCCGCGGGCACCAUGUUGGUGACCACUGCUCUACAGUAUUUGGAAUUUUCAGUGCCAGUGAAUUUUCGUUCGGACUGUGAUUGAGUUCUCCCUGGACUCAGAUUGUUCCGCCCAAUGUGGCCUGCUAGGCGAGAUUCAAUAUGCCCACCCCUCAUCGGCGAUGAACACUUAUCAAUACGUUUUUCUUUUUUUAAUUAACCAUUGUCUUUAAUUUACUAGAUCUCGCUCAAUUUAACGCAGACGUUGAAUUUUGAGGCAAUUUAACGUUAACUAAGCUUUAAUAAUCCGUUGUAUAAGGAACAGUAUUUAAAUUGAAUAUUAAAAAUGGGGAAACAUUCAAUCGUCAGAUAUAAAUCGCCUCAAAUCUGCGAUCCCUAGGCUCAAAGGUGCGGAUCAAACCGUCGCCAAUUCCUAGCGGAUCGCAGUGAAGUCCGUAAGGGAGCCUCCACGCCGAAUUGACGGGACUUUCCAUCAGUGGAGAGUUGGUGCGAAGUGGUAACAACCUUCGGGUCAGCAACAUCCCGCGGGACCGCGUCCGGCGGUAUACAAAUCCCCAAGCCGACCAUCCCCCUGGUUUAUGGAGGAAUGUUCACCCUUCAAAAUAAAACACCGGGCCAACCUCGGGUGCUGCAGACCCCCUGGACCGCCACCGCGCUGCCGUGGACCCUGGCCACUGGGUCAAAGUGCGGGGGCCGGGUUGCGACCCGUCCCCCUCCCUCACGCUACAUAGCCCCCAGGAUGGCGGCCACCCCCUCCUGCCCCCUCAACCCGUUUCCCCCCUCUCCCGAUCCCCUCAAAAAAAAAAAAUGCAACACCAAAAAUAAAAGCAUCGUUAGAUACAACCAUCCACUACAUUAUAUUUAGUAAUAUUAAUUUGGCAAGGAUUUGCAUUUGAAUCAGUGAUGGCUAUUUUUAAGCUACAGUAUCUAAAGGUACAUAUAAUUUUUUUGAGUUUGUGGCGGCUCCUUAAGGUCGAGGUACGAUGGCCGAUGGGGGCAAACGGCUGAACGCUGCAAACACAGGAUUACAUGGGGCGUGGGGGGAACACACCUGCAAACAAACACACGGCAAAUCAAAAAUGCGGCGAGAAAUGAUGAAAACAAAACACGAACACAGAAAUGCAAA